GGGGAUGUGUGCUUUGAACUCCAAGCUCAAACCAAUGGACUUGGAUCUCAAAGAAGAGUUUAUGGUGCACCUGGUGUUCGCCUCUCUGCCAAAAGAGUUUGCAACGUUCGUUGUAAACUAUAACUCACAGCCAGAGAAGUGGAACAUGGAAAAGGCAAUUGCAAUGUGUGCACAAGAGGAAGAUAGACUCAAGAAACAGAAUGGUGGGUCUGUCAAUUUUGUGCAUAAUAACAAGAAAAGGCCUUUCCAAGCUGCUUCUUCAUCUAAAGCUAAAGACAAAGCCCCUAUGCCACAGAAGUAUCAGCAACAGCGUCAGCAACAGCGCACUCCAGCUCCAGAUGAGUGCUUCCACUGUUUUGACAAGGGACAUCGCAAAGCAGAUUGUCCCGCUUAUUUAAAGAUGAUAAUGGCAAAGAAUGGGAUUCCGUUCGACAAGGACUACGCUAAGAAGCGAAAGACAAAUUAAAGUCGCGAACGGAGUACAAGCAGAUGUUGAAGCUGUUGGCGAUGUCUCCAUCGAGCUAGUUAAUGGUUUCAUGCUUGUAUUAAAAGAUGUUUUAUUUGUUCCUUCGCUUCAAAGAAACUUGAUCAGUGUA